AUGGGGAGUGUGUCACUGGAGGUGCGGAGGACUCAGAAUUCACAGACAGAAACUGUCCAGGCCCAUGAUGACAGAUCAAGAAGUGGCAUUAUCCCGGGGCUCAAACAGUGUGUCAUUUUGAAAGGGGUGUGCAAGGACGGAGGCUGCACCUCCACGGACAGCACCAUCGGGGUGUGCAAUGAGGAUAAGAAGUGCUGCCGGCGGUGGUGGGUGCUGUGGCCCUACCCAACGCCGGUUCCCAGGUCAAAGUCCCCUUAG